CAAAGGAUGGAGAGAACACGUCAUUGCAAGGAUGCACAUGGGCAAGCGAUUAUCUCGAGGAGUUCGGAUCUACAUAAUGAAUCCCUUGAUGUCGAAGGGAAAGAGAUGAGAAUAAUAUAUAGCAGAAGGAGAAGGACUCUUCAAUUCACAGGGUACGAUCUUGAAUACUUGAGUCGAAUUAGGAAGAUAGUAGCGAGUGAGUGAUCCGCGUUCAUCGAUCGAUCCAAGAUGAUAAUAGAUGAGAGCCACGAGGUCUACAGAUUCUACUCAGCUCACGCCGAAGUUGCCAAGAGUGGAAUAUGGGAUCCUCAAAAUCACAAGUAUUAUUACUGCGACAUAACCCAAGGAUCGUUCCACAUUCUGGAUCUGAUCGACAUGUCACGAGAAGAUUACUCUGUGGGGCUUAAGAUCGGUGCGAUGGCACUGAUCGAAGGGGGUACGGGGCUUGUCAUGGCUGUGAGGGACGGAUUUGGAAUCUGGGACUUUGCCACGAAGAAAUUCGAGUUGGUUGCGACUCCAUACGGGAUUAACAGUGGAUGGAGGAUGAACGAUGGCAAUGUCGAUUCCAAAGGUCGAUUUUGGGCUGGCCGUCUCUUUGACACAGAUGAGACCAAGCCUGGAAUGAUCUACCGACUGGAGCUGGACGGCAAGACAGCCACUCCUGUUAUUGAUGGAAUCUGCUGUACCAAUGGAGUUUUGUGGAGUCCUGAUAAUAAGCGCAUGUAUUGCGGAGACAGCACACACAAGAAGAUUUACGUCUGGGAUUAUGAGGAAGAAUCAGGCACUCCAAGCAACCAAAGACUGUUCUUCGAUACUGCAAGCUACUUCAGCGGUGUUCCUGACGGAGCGAAUAUUGACAGCGACGGAUACCUUUGGGUGUGCUUCUAUGAUGGCAACCAUUUGGUCAGGAUAUCACCUGAUGCCAAGGUGGACAGAGUGUACAACAUGCCCGUGAAGCGGCCCACGCAGCCCGUCUGGUUCGGAGAAAACAUGGACGAGCUGCUCGUCACAAGUGCCAGCAAAGAUGUCAACAGGAACAUGUGGCCAGAGAGUGGAAACAUUCUGAAGCUGCACGCUGGUGUUCAAGGCCAGUUAAAAAACAAAUACCGACUUGCUUCCGCACCAAAACCAAAUCCACUUCCACAAUUCACAAUUGAUCUCCACAUCAAGGGAACCGUUGCAGCGCUGAGAAGCUUCUUAUAGAUCAUACACAAUCACAAUACGUGGUUUGUGCUCGUGCACUCUAAACUGAGUUACUUGUUAGUAACCCUGGGCUCACGUUUGGAGAUCCACUUGUAUGGCUUCAAGAAGACUUCUAGAGAUACCAGAUACUAUCAGAACGUAAUGACCUGCCCAGGAUGUUCAUUGAGUCUGAUAGGAGUUAACAACCUGAAGCUCACUAACCUUUAUAUGCAAAAUAGUCUGAAUACAGCUGAAAUAAUAAACUCGAUCUACUUUGCAUU